AUGAUAAAUAUAAGAAAAUUGAGCAAACAACAGAAUCAACACCAACGACUAUUAAUUCAUCUACAAAAAGAGCAUAUCUUAGAGAAAUCGAGCCAGUUAAUAGAGCGCUUGACCGGGAAUCGACAACGGAUCCGUUUUCCGUGUUUUUGUGGAAAAUAUUAAAAGUUUUGACAACUAAAAGGAAUGAAGAUUUGCCAUUGCUGGUUAAUCACUUCAGAGAAUAUGUCUCGAUGCUGCUGACUGGUGGGCAGCUAGAACCUUUGGGCACAGAGACUAAUACUUACAUCGCAACGAGACUUCUAAUAUUGGAGAAGUAUCCAAUGCAAGCGUUGCAUGAUUUCUUCGAUGUACUCCAAAGAAAGCUGGCUCAAAGAACCACGAAAUUAUCCAAAGAGGUGAACGACAUCUUGGACUAUAUGGAUGAUACAUACGAUGAGGCGGAAGAAGACGCUAUGCAAGCAGUUUUGCAUGAAACUAACUUGUAUCCCAAUACUAAAAACUACAAUAAGAUUGCUCAAGGAUUCGUAGAUUAUGUGUUUCUAAAGCCAUUGAUAAGAUUGGCGGGGACCUCAAGGGGCAACGUUUUAUUUAAAAUGAUAAACGACGCUGUAAUACAAUUUGCGAAGCCUGGUGAAAUUAGGUUAUCACCGGAGUUUCAUAAAAAUCUACGUAAAUCCUUUAGGAAAAGACAAAACGUCAGAUACGAGUCGUCGUCAGAUACUAGCACGGACACUGAAGAAAAUAAUGGAAGUAAUGAAAGUCUAGAUUUAAGCAAUAUAAGUAAAAGUCUAAGUGAAAGCUCCAACACAAUAACAAGUUCCGAUGAGGAAGAUGAGAGCAGUAACGAAGAAACACGUAUGAAUUACCAAUUUAAGAAUAAUAAAUUAGUGAAAACUGAGAAUUUUAAAAAACAAAACAUAUUUAGCAAUAGUGCAAAAUCUAGGAAAAUAAAAUCAUAUGAAGUAUUAAGCAAAUUAAGGCCAAUACAGAGAAAACAUUAUGGUGCUUUUGAUAAUAAUGAAGAAAUUCGCCGAAAUUCUUAUCAACAUUUUCUAUCAAGGACAUCGACAACUAAUAAUGCCAACGUUAUCAAAGACACUGAAUAUAGUGAUAUUGAAAGGGUACUUAAAUCGAAAAUAUAUGAUAGUUUUAGACGUAUGGAUAAUAUAAACUAUAAUACACAUACAACCUUAAAACAAAAACUCACAUCUCAAGUCAAUGAGCAUGAGCAAUCUAGUGAAACUGACUAUGAGAGAGAAUUGAAGAGGAAUAUUUAUAAAGCGGUUAAUAAAUUGUUGAACAAAUAGCGUAUUAUAUUACAUGGACAUUAUAAUUAUAAUUCAGUUUGCGAUAAACAAUAAAUGAAAAAUAUUUAAUUACUAUUAAAAGUU